CACGUUAAGAGCAGUUUUCGCCGACCGUUGCACCAUUUGCAUCAAUUAAUUAAAGGACGAUCAGUCACGUGACUGCUAGCCCGAACCCUUAGCAACGUACCCUCCCACAUCUGUUGGGAGAGAAAGUAUAUAAUCCUAAUUUUUGCUUGCCGAGAGCUACUGCGGAAGAAUUUCAGAGGAAGGACAAAAAAAAAAUGAUUUUAAAGUUAUCGUCUUUUGUACGAAAAGCCUCUUUGGCGUACUUGACUUUCGUGUCAGUUUGGUGUCUAAUAUGUUGCACGAAUCCCGUUUUAGGAGCAGGGGCCAAUUUGGAAGGUGGACAACCGAACGGUUUCAAAAGAGCAGCGUUCAGUGCAUGGGCGGGGAAAAGGAACUCCGAAAAAAUUGCGCCCUACUUUUCCGAAAGCGACAAAAGGGCGGCUUUUUCUUCUUGGGCCGGCAAGAGAGAUUCGUGGCAAGGCAGCCCGACAGAUGAUGAUGGUGAUGACGUCGUUGGUGAGAUUUACGGUGCCGUGGAGCCAAACGUGAAUGACGCAAACGGCGUGACGCCACACGACAAAAGAGAUCCGUUUUCGUCCUGGGCAGGAAAGAGGGCGGCUUUCUCGUCGUGGGCCGGGAAACGUGGCUCCGCACUCCACAAUCAGCUCGAGCUCAUAAACCACCUCUUGGAGCAGAUUGUGGCGCGUGUGAUGCGGAAGCGGAUGUUCAACGCCUGGGCGGGGAAGAGAGAUCAAGAUGGCGAUUCAGGUGCAAGUCACGAGCUCACGAGGAGAAAAUUUUCGGCAUGGCACGGAAAAUAAGAGAGAUGGUUGAACAUCUUCAUCCGAGGAUCACGCAAACCAGAAUCUCACCAAGCCAAGACUCUAAAACCAUCUUCUUCAAUGCAGAACAGUGACUUUCUCAAUGUUACAGACUGAUGGGAAUUAUACCUAAAAUAUAUGUACGAAAACGAGGAUUAUGUAAUUAUAUUAAAUCCACAAACAAAGUAAAACAUUUAAUUUCAAAAAUAGCAGCGAGAAAUCGUCAUUAUUUUCAACGUGGAUCAUAUUCGCACAAGGACCGAACGUUACCGAACUUUUCCGAAAACAAUCCAUGCUGAUAUGACGUAACAAAAUUGUAAAUAAAUAUUUCGUCUACA